AUGUCCCUAGAACGCGACGAAACCCGGUCACUGGCCGAAAGUCUACCGGACGCUGACGCGCCUACCAAGCAGUCACAUCGAUCAUUUAAAAAGAAGUUCGCGAAACUUAAGAUUCAGUUUGAGCUCAGAAUGAAGGAAAGUGAGUCUCUCAUUCGCGAGCAAUUGCGCAUUGAGGAUCUGUCAAAGAGGAUCCAGGAGCAAAACGAUCAGCUUCUUGAGGUUCUUCUAGAGUUCAACGACACCGUACAUAUCCCGCCCAAACUUCGAUACGAUCUUCAUGUUUCCGGUGACGAAGACCCGCUUCAAACCCCUAACGGGGAGCUUCCGACAGUCUACAAUGAUCAUGCUUUGGCCACAACAGAACUAAGAAAUGCAAAGGAGCUCUUGGCGGCCGGGCGCAUAACAGUCGAGCACUAUCAGCAACUCGAGAGUGGGCUCAGGUGCAGAGCUUUUGCGCCUCUAUCGCGGUACACCGAUCUGACAAAGGUGCCUCAUUCAGCCCCCGGGCCUGAGGGCCUGAACCCAACGAACCCCGCGGAAGAUUCUGCUUUGAAUCAGAAUCUCGGGUACUUGACCCCAGAACACGAAACAGAAUACUGUUUGGCCGCAGACGCUCGCAUGGGUGACAUGCAAGCCGCCGUUCAGCUGAGCCGCGUUCCGGAGAAGCCAUCUUUAUUGGAGAGAGAGCGAGAGCAUGCUCUACGGAGCCCGGUUUCAGUUCAUCAUUGGCUGCGGAAGAACCAUCCCAAUAUCUUCCUACAGGACAACGAGAAUGCUUCCGAGAAAUCAUCGUCGCGGCCCUCCAACUUGCGCGCGUCCAAGCGGUCUGCACCAGCGUCUCGUAAAGACGAGGACACCCAUGACGAAGACAGCGCCAUGGCGGAUUCCGGUCCAUCGUCAAAGGCCAAACGUAAGCGUGACGAAGAGGCAAUUCCUCGGACUAAAACUGCCGGCGGUCGCUCUAAUCGGAAGAAGAAGGAAGACAGCACGCCCAACACCAAGCGCCCUGCAAAGCGAACGUCCGGCGGAGGCGCGUGA